GCCCAAUUGAGCGCUGUUUGUUAUUCGUUGGCUUGGCGGCUCAGCGUCUUCUGUUCGGCGUGUGUGCGCUCAGCACUACAGUCUUCGUUACGGCAAGCGUUCGCGCAGUCUUCGAUUUGCACGCGACUAAUAAACAACGUUCGUCUUUAGCGCGUAGCUACUACGAGUUUCUUGAAAUAUACGCAGUGUCGCAGCGCGUUUAUUAUACGCAAGUCUACACAAUCCGGUAUAUCGUUGGUACUUUGCAUUGCGCGCCACUUAAAGUUCGAGUUUGCUGCUGCAGUCAAAUGUAAAUAAAACUUGAAUUGUUCAGUUGUGCUGCCCGCGCAUAUAAAAUAAAGUAAAGAAAAACCUUUGAAAGGGUAAAAAGCAAAAAAUAAAGCAACAUCAGCAAAGUGGUAGUGGAAGUGGUUUAAGUGCGCGUUUCGAAACAUUUUUACGUCAAAGCUUUGAAUUUGGAUUUGGAUACGUCGACAUAUCUACAGCAACAGCAAAAGGUUAUAGAAAAGCAAUGACAUAAUGGAACCGAUGACCGCCUUGGUUUUGGCCUUCCAGCUGUUGGCACUAUUCUCUAUCGCCGGCGCGCUGCUGAUCUACCUGAUAUGUAAAGUGCGCGACGACACUGCCGAGGUGGCCGAGUCCCAACCGGGCACAGUGCUCGUGACCAGCGCUGACACCGCGCUUGGCCUGCAGCUUUGCACACAUCUGGCCAAUAAGGGUUGUCGCGUGUUCGCCGGCAUGCGCGAUGCACAAGACUCUCUGCCCGCCAAGCUGCUCAACGGUUGGCUAAAAAUGCGCGAGUAUAACGAGGAGCCAGUGCGCGGCGUUAUCAUACCCAUGCAGUUGGAUGUGACGCGCGAAGAUGUGCUGCGCGAAACCACAAGCGCAAUGGGCGCGCACAUGAACGCAGGCGAACGCGGCAUAGCGGCGGUGAUUAAUACAAGCGGCAGUCUCUUUCGCGGACGCGUCGAGGUGCAGGAGGCGCAGCAAUGGGAACAUAUGCUGAAAACGAAUAUAAUCGGCUCGUUGCGCGUGGCCAAAGCGUUUGUGGGCUUCUUGCGUCCGACUAGAGGGCGUUUGAUCUAUUUGGGCGCUGGCGCUGGGCAGGGUAGCGGUGACGGUUUGGUGGCAUUCAAUGCAUCGCGCGCCGCUGUGGAGAAGUGUGUGGACGAGCUGCGCAAAGAGCUGCAGCCGUAUGGUGUGAGAGUGGUGGCGCUGGACACAACCGGUUUAACAGCAGAGGCGCUGUACAAGGCGCCGGUGCCGCACAGCAGCACGGAGAGUGAGGGCGCACCGACGCAGUACACAGCGGAUGUGCUGAGCGCGAACGCCUUGCAGGUGAUCGAGCGCGCUUUGUGGGAUGUGGUGCCGCUGGAGCGCUACCAACUGGUGCAAAAUAGUAAACUGAAUUUCAUGUUGCCAUGUCGUUCAUCCUUACGUAUGACGAAAUUGGGUGGUGGAGUCAGCAGCGGCGUGCAGCGGGUUUGAGGAAUCAGACACAGAAUAAACAACCGUUGACAUGUGUGCUGGUAGUGCGAAGCCGUGUUGUACGAGCAAGCAAAUGGUUAAAGGAAGCUUGAAGGAAAGAUAUGCUUGCGCGUAUUGGAUAACAAAAUUUGGGGACACUCCAAAAAUUUGUUUUGAACAAAUAUACAAUUUUAAAUAAUUUUUCGAUUUAAGAAAAUGCAAAGUUUACAUGGAAACUGCGGUAAAAUUUUUGACAAAAUAUAUUGCACAAAAUUUUACAUUAUAUUUGAGAUUUGAAUGAAAAACCAAUUAACAGCUAGUUAUUACCAAAUUAGUAAGAGCAAUUUGAGGUUAUGUUGGUGGUAUGUGCGAAAUUUGCAAAACGAUUUUCACUAGGUCUACCAUAGCACUUCCCAUGUAAACUGUCGUUUUAUAUUUUUAUUAAUAUAUACAUAUACAUACAUAUAUAUAGUUAUACAUACGUAUGUAAAAUGCAACUUUGCUUUUGUAAAUAAUGAAAUUUAUAAUUAUAUAUUUUGCUGCAUAUUUUAUUUGAUUAUUAUUUGUUACUAAAAAAUAAAAUCGGCUGCCAAAAUUACUAACUUUUA